AUGGGCAUUGAAACGUCUCCGCCUGAUGUCGAGGAGUCGACAGAACCUCCUAUAUGUCCUUUAACGGACACGGAUAAAUCAGUUUCAAACCAUCACAAAUGUGAAGUAAAGCCUGAGCUCAGCCAUGAGAAGCUGGGGUAUCCUGCUACUCGAGAAACCUCAACACUCCGAUCCGACGGGAACACAAUCUCUUCGGCAAUCGCUUCUCUACAAAAGGAUGACGGGGGUACAGCGAACAGUGCCCACACUAUUACUCCUGAAGAGGUUGCAAGUACUCUGCAAGUUGACGUUCGAAAUGGUCUCUCAAGCGCAGAAGCUGCAGCGCGCCUGCAACGUGAUGGGCCCAACAGGGUCCAGGAGAUCGAGGGCAUAUCGACCUGGAAAGUACUGCUGAGGCAAGUGUCAAACAGUUUAACUAUUGUUCUUCUCCUCACCAUGGCCAUUUCCUUUGGUAUUGAUGACUACAUCGAGGGUGGUGUCAUCACAGCUGUGAUUGUCUUGAACAUUGUUGUAGGGUUCGUGCAAGACUAUCGAGCGGAAAAGACUAUAAUGUCCCUGCACCGACUCUCGGCUCCCGUAUGCAAAGUGUUUCGAGACAGACGCGUGGUGUCUACACCAGCCGAGUCUGUUGUGACUGGCGAUGUUGUGCACCUUGCUGUCGGCGACAUUGUCCCUGCCGAUAUGAGGCUCAUCGAUGGAACGAAUGUCUCAAUGGAUGAAGCAUUGUUGACAGGCGAAUCUCUCCCCGUAACAAAAACACCACAUAUUGUGUUGACGUCUCGCAACAUCCCUAUCGGAGACAGGACCAACAUGGCAUAUUCUGGAUGUAGCUUGACCCAAGGACGAGCCAUCGGGAUUGUUACUGCCACUGGGAUGAGAACCGAGGUUGGCAAGAUCGCCAAACUCCUUCAAGAGAAGCCCGAGGACGAGAAUCACAGCACGCUCACUCACACUUUCCGUUACGUCAAGUCCACAGCAGAGAGCAUUCUCGGAUUAGUGGGCACUCCCCUUCAGGUAAAGCUCAGCAAAUUCGCCCUUCUGCUUUUCGCUCUCGCAAUCCUCUUGGCCAUUAUAGUCUUUUCUGCCAGCAAGUGGCACAUCGAAGGCGAGGUGUUGAUUUACGGAAUUGCCAUAGGAGUGGCAGUCAUCCCGGAAUCAUUGAUUGCUGUGCUCACGAUUACCAUGGCAGUAGGCACAAAAGCAAUGGCCAAGGGGAACGUCAUUGUACGGAAACUCCAAUGCUUGGAAGCCGUUGGAGGUGUCACAAAUAUAUGUUCCGACAAGACAGGAACGCUGACGCAAGGACGGAUGAUUGCCCGCACAGCCUGGAUUCCGGGUGCUGGCACCUUGACAGUCGACGGGACCACUGAUCCAUAUGAUCCCACAAGUGGUUCAGUCCGGUUGGCGGGUACUGACUGGGACCCUAGGAUCUUCCAUUCCAAUCUUGCACUCACCACGUUCCUCACAGCCACUGCGUUGUGCAAUAUGUCGGUCGUGCAAAACGAUGUACCAUCUAGCUCGCUUGAAGAAGGGCAAUCUGGUCAGAGUUGGACUGCUGUCGGUGAGCCUACCGAGAUUGCACUCAACGUCCUGGCCUUGCGAUUCGGUUAUGGAAAGAUGCAUUUGCUGGAAAAGCGAGGGAUGUAUCUCCAUACUGAAUACCCAUUCGACUCAUCAACCAAGCGGAUGACGGUCGUCUACCAUAAUCCGCGGGACGGUAUCAAUGAAGUGUAUACAAAGGGAGCACCAGAGGCUGUCCUUCCCGGCUUGGCCAUCGAUGGGGGAGAGAAAGAAGCCAUCCAAUACGAGGCUGAUAGGAUGGCCGGACAAGGGCUUCGUGUCCUCUGUGUUGCGUACAAGACAGCAGCUAUGGACGAAGAAACCGAAUUGGCCCCGCGCAACAGGGCUGAGUCCAAUCUUAAGUUUUGUGGUCUUGUUGGACUCUAUGACCCCCCUCGGGUUGAGACAGCCGCUGCAGUGCGAACAUGUCAAAUGGCUGGAAUCACAGUCCAUAUGCUCACGGGUGAUCACAUCAAAACCGCCACCGCGAUCGCUUCUGAGGUGGGCAUCCUCGAUCCCAUGGUCAAUGCUCAUUCCACUCGUUUGGUUAUGGCUGCCGCGGAAUUUGAUAGGCUCUCCGAUGCCGAAAUUGACGCAAUCGAGCAACUGCCUUUGGUCAUUGCUAGAUGCAGUCCCACUACCAAAGUCCGAAUGGUGGAGGCAAUGCACCGUCGGGGUGCAUUCUGUGUGAUGACCGGUGAUGGGGUCAACGACUCACCUGCUUUGAAACGUGCAGAUGUCGGCAUCGCAAUGGGUAAGAACGGUAGCGAUGUCGCCAAGGAAGCGGCCGACAUGGUCCUAACUGACGAUAACUUCUCAUCUAUCGUCAAGGCAGUGGAAGAAGGAAGGCGACUGUUUGAUAACAUUCAAAAGUUUCUCAUGCAUCUGCUCAUUUCAAAUAUCGCCCAAGUGAUCCUACUGCUGAUAGCACUGGCUUUCAAGGACAAAGAGGGAAGCUCGAUCUUCCCGCUCUCGCCUCUCGAGAUUCUCUGGGCUAACCUAGUCACAUCUUCGUUCCUGGCUCUGGGCCUUGGGCUGGAAGAAGGGCAACCGGAUCUGAUGUACCGCCCACCGCAUGAUUUGAAGGUGGGCGUAUUUACUCGUGAACUCAUCGUGGAUAAGAUGAUCUAUGGCACGUUCAUGGGAUCUUUAUGCCUAGUAGCAUUUGUGUGCGUUAUCUAUGGAGGUGGCACGGGGGUUUCCGACCUCGGAGUCGACUGCAACAAUGGCUGGAAUGAGACCUGCAAUGCCGUCUUCCGAGCACGAGCUACAACAUUUGCAACUCUGACAUUCCUCCUCCUUGUCACGGCCUGGGAAGUGAAGCAUUUCUCCCGAUCUCUAUUCAAUCUUGAUCCCGUCAAGUAUCCUAGCAAGCUCUCUGUCUUCCAAUCUAUCUGGAGAAACCGCUUCUUGUUCUGGGCGGUGGUGGCCGGCUUCGUGAUCGCAUUUCCAGUCAUUUAUCUACCCGCUGUCAACCGAAUUGUUUUCAAACAUCAGGGCAUAGGCUGGGAAUGGGGUGUCGUCUUCGGCUGUGUGGCUGUGUACCUGCUGCUGGUGGAGAGCUGGAAGGCAAUCAAGCGGGCAUUUGGGAUCGGAAGUGGGAAGAAUGCCGUGCUCACCAUUGAAGAUGCUGAGAUCAGAGCCGGGUUGACACCGUCCACCCUUCUCUCUCUAAGUGCCAACCCCAGCGUGGAGAUCAAGUAG